GGCAGGCGUUAGUUUUUCCUCCUCUGCGGACUCGAUCGCCAUUUUGUUCCAGUUUUUUCUGGGUGACCUACAUUCAGUCGACAUACUGCAACGUAAACAACAUUUCGACCGUCCUUAAAGGGAGAAAUAGUAAGGAGCAACAUGAGCAGCCGGAUCUUCAUCGGCCACCUGAGCACACACGCUCGAGAGAGAGAUGUGGAGAAGUUUUUCAAGGGAUAUGGACACAUAAAAGAGAUAAAUUUGAAAAAUGGAUUUGGUUUCGUGGAAUUUGAUGACCACAGAGAUGCUGACGAUGCUGUGUAUGAGUUGAAUGGGAAAGAACUGUGCAGUGAAAGGGUCACCAUUGAGCACGCCCGCUCCAGGAGAGGAAGAGGAGGCGGUCCUCCUGGAAUGGGACGUUUUGGUGGCGGCGGCGGUGGUGGUGGCGGCGGCGGCGGCGGCGGCUUUCGCCAAUCCCGUAAUACCAGAGCUAGGUAUGGCCCCCCCAUGCGAACGGAUCACAGGCUGAUUGUGGAGAACCUCUCAUCCCGGGUCAGCUGGCAGGAUCUAAAAGACCUGAUGAGAAAGGCAGGUGAAGUUACCUUUGUGGAUGCACACCGACCCACUAAAAACGAAGGGGUGGUGGAGUUUGCAUCUCGAUAUGAUAUGAAGAAUGCCAUGUCUAAACUUGAUGGAACGGAGCUGAAUGGGCGAAAACUGAAGAUGUUUGAGGACAGUAGGAGAAGCCGUUCUCGCAGCUACUCCCGCUCCAGGAGCCGCUCUAGGAGCCGUUCCAGGAGUCGCUCCAGGAGCCGCAGUCGCAGCCGCUCCAGGAGCCGCUCCAGAUCUCAGAGCCGUACCCCAGAGAAGAAAACAUCAGGAGGGAGCAAACCCGAAGCUAAAUCCCCAUCCAGAUCCAAAUCCCGCUCAAAAUCACGCUCCAGGUCUCGCUCUCCCGCUCCUGUUCAAAACGGCAACUCCGGCUCCAGAUCACGUUCCCGCUCUCGUUCACGUUCCCGUUCCCGUUCAGCCUCGCCAGACAGCAAAAACUAAGAUGGAGGCAACUGCAAGUCCUAAGAAAGAUCCAGAGUAGUUUAUGAGCAUCUCGGUGGCAUGUGCGUUUGUUAUUAACAAAGAGGAGAAAAUACCCUUUAUGUGGUUUUCUUGAAGGCAGAAAAAAAAUGUGUACAUUUUUCUUUAUUUUUUGUGGUUGUUUUAAGUCUACUAAUUUAAAUAUUUGAUUUCUCUGGCCCCUUCAUAUCGGUAGUGAAAAAUAUGUCUGUUCAACAUGAGCCGCAUAAUUUGAUUUUGUUUAAAUUUAGCUUUGCUCUUCAAUGUUGAUUCUGAUGAGGCAUCUGUCCGCUCCUGAAUCUCAUUUGUAUUUGGAAUAUGUGAGCAGUUCAGCUGAAAAUCUGUCCUUACACCUUUAUCAAAAGCUUGAAUUUAGUUUUUCCAAACGUCUUAUUUUAGUCAGUGUUUUGACUGAUUACUUUACUUUUUCCUUUGGAAAUCUGAUAUAAGUUUGCUUGUAAAUGUUGCAUAAGUAGAUGCAAAUUUAUAUAUUGUAAUUUUUGUUUACUACGUGUUUAAAAAAAGUCACACAAAUUGUGUUUGCAUUUAAACUUAAAUCUUUCCUUUUAUUUGUAAAGUUUAUCGAUCCCUCUGUCCUACACUUACUGUGCAGUACAAAUGUAAACAGUUCAUUUUGCUUUAUAUAU